UCCGUUACCUGAAAAAUGGGAUCAUUGAAGCUCAUUCGGUGACUUGGUCGCAUUUCUGGUCAAAUUGUCGUAUUAUUUCCUGACAGCGGUCUCCCAUAUUGAAGAAGGAUAGUGCAUCCCCCUUUUCAAGUCGACGAACAGACGAAUUUUCGAGACCCUUGGAGUUGCUUCGGAAUUUGGCUUAUUGCAGUGCUGCCGCUGCAGCGCGCGUACUACGACAACCGUGUGAUGGACACACGGCUGGCUACCUGUGUUCAACAUCUACCUCCCAAUUUUCUGCUCCUUUCUUGUUGCAUUUAUUUAUUCCAGCACCAUGGGUUUCUUCUCAAAAUCAUUCAACCCAGUCACCGAUCUCCCAGACUUGUCCGGUAAAGUCAUACUUAUCACUGGUGGAAACGCGGGUAUCGGCUACUCAACUGUGAAACACCUGGCGCGUCGUGGUGCUAAGGUGUACAUGGCCGCACGCAACCAAACCAGGGCAGAGGAGGCGAUCGGGAAACUGAAAGCAGAAGGGUUAGGUCCUGGGAAUGGUGAUGUUAUCUGGCUGGAACUUGAUUUGAAGGACCCUCGAAAUGCGAAGAAAGCGGCGGAGGAGUUUAUGAAGCGGGAGAAGAGAUUGGAUGUUCUCAUUCACAAUGCUGCAGUGCUGCUUGAGGACUAUGCCAUAACACCGGAUGGAGUCCAGGAGAUAGUGAUGGUCAACGUUAUCAGUCAUAUCGUCCUGACACGUACUCUUCAACCGCUGCUGGACCAGACCGCAGCAGAACCAAAUUCAGACGUCCGCAUAGUCGUCGUCGCUUCAGAGGGUCACCGGUUGGUAUCAGGGGAAUCUCAUUUCCGCAACCUUGAUGAUUUCAACAAGGAGUUCAAGAGUUCGCUUUCCCCCAGCUUCGCGCGGUAUUGCAUGUCGAAACUCAUGAAUAUACUCUACGCUUUUGAACUUCAACGACACCUUACCGCUGCUGGUUCUCCUAUUACCGUCAUCGCCAUUCACCCUGGAACAGUCAACACUUUCUCCCAUAAACCGCCCCUAGCUAACUUCGAGUUCAUCGUCAAGCCCAUUCUGUCCCUCUUCUUUGUACAUCCAGACGAGGGUGCAUAUAACUCUGCGUUUGCAGCUGCUUCAGAAGAAGUGGCUAAGCAGCGCGAGAAAUACAAGGGUAUGUAUUUAAUGCCGGUAGGCAAGCUAAAAGAGCCGACUAAGGUGGCAAGGGAUGAGGGGCUUGCAAAGGAGCUUUGGGAUACUGUGGAUAGGUUUUUGGAGGAGAAGGGGAUUUGAACAAAGUCUUGUUUUAUUGACGAGCUGGUAUUGAUGCAUGACGGACAGCCGCACCUCUAAGAGGUAUCGAACGGACAAAGACGCUGAUCUUAUCACCAAAUUACGAUGGAACAAUUGUUCCUGUUGAUAUGUUAUCAUGUACCGUUGGUGCCCAUCCAGACUGCGUUUUUCCUCUCUCUUUGUUUAGUGCGUCAUUGUAUCAUGUCUUACAUAUUAUUGUAUGUCAUUCUUGGCCCUCAGUCUGUUGCAUUAAUGUCGAAAAUCGAAUCUCUGAAAUCUCUAGAAAGUGCAUAUCGAAAGGGGAAGCAGGCAAGAUCUGUUUCAAAACGAGCAUGUGCAGGAAAAUUGAGCUUCCAGGCUGCUACGUAGGACAGCAAGAUGUCUUCAGAUCAUGGUAAACAGCACAAAGAACGGUAAGCAUCUGCAUAAGUGAGCCAGAGCGUGCUCAGCACGCAACCUUUCU